AAUCUCCAUUCAGUCUUGUGGACAUCUGUGAAGUUUUAACCAGUAUUCUCUCUACAUAACCGUGUUCCUGGCUGGAGCCCCCCUCCUCAAUAGCUACCAUCGCUUAAGUCUCCAAAGCCUGCUGUGGGUUACGUUAAGGCUGAUCCACUUGUUUGCUUGCAGUUAAGUGCGACUGGAAGAGACCUUGCCAGGAUGUUUCUGGACAAAUGUGAAGGAGAUCUGAGUGAUCUAAGAGGGGACAAUACACCAUCAUCAUGUCCUGCAGAAGGAGAAGAAGAUGAAAUUCCAAAAAAGAAACAUCGCAGAAACAGAACAACCUUCACUACCUAUCAAUUGCAUGAAUUAGAAAGAGCAUUUGAGCGUUCCCACUAUCCGGAUGUAUAUAGCCGAGAAGAGCUUGCCAUGAAAGUUAGCCUGCCAGAGGUUCGGGUACAGGUUUGGUUCCAGAACCGAAGGGCAAAAUGGAGGCGUCAGGAGAAGUUAGAGUCUUCUUCUGCUAAACUUCAUGAUUCCCCACUGCUCUCAUUUUCACGGACACCAAUAACCACCAAUGUUGGGCCACUAAGCUCUUCUUUACCUCUGGAUCCAUGGCUCACCUCCCCCAUUUCUACAGCCAGCAGUGUGCACAGCAUACCAGGAUUUAUGGCUCCUUCUCAAAAUCUUCAGUCUCAUUACACUGGUCACACUUUCCUCAACAGUGCACCCACAAUGACAUCUAUACAGCCUCUCAGCAGUGGUCCCUACCAAUGCAUGGGUGGCUUUGUUGACAAGUUUCCUAUAGAGGAAUUGGACCGAAGCACCAGCAUUGCUGCACUUCGCAUGAAGGCCAAGGAGCACAUUCAGACUAUAGACAAGACUUGGCAGCCUAUCUGACAACUACAUAAUCUGGGGCUAUAGCUUAAACUAAAGGACUGUAAGCAAAACGUAUGGCUAAAAGUGAAUUCAUGAGGCCAAAAAUACAGGAGCUGCCAUUGCUGGCUAUUUUCAACUGUGCAUCCUGGCUUCCCUACAUUCAGACAUACAGUCACUGACUGAAAAUGUGCUCUAGAUCCGUCACAUACUAGAUCAGAAUUUAUCACACAUUUUACCAUGGAGGAACCCUUGAAAUCGUUUUGGAGGUCUCAGGAAACCCUGACUAAAAC